UCUGACCACGCCCCGGAAGAUAAGGCGGCUCGCCGGCUCGCCCUUUCCUCUUUCGGCCGCGCUCGGGAGCAGCUAUGGGCCGUGUGAUCCGCGGGCAGAGGAAGGGCGCAGGCUCCGUGUUCCGCGCGCACGUGAAGCACCGCAAGGGCGCCGCACGCCUGCGCGCCGUGGACUUCGCGGAGAGGCACGGCUACAUCAAAGGCAUCGUGAAGGACAUCAUCCACGACCCCGGCCGCGGGGCGCCCCUCGCCAAAGUGGUCUUCCGCGAUCCCUACCGGUUCAAGAAACGGACGGAGCUGUUCAUAGCCGCCGAGGGCAUCCACACGGGCCAGUUCGUGUACUGUGGCAAGAAGGCCCAGCUCAACAUUGGCAAUGUUCUUCCCGUGGGCACCAUGCCUGAGGGUACUAUUGUGUGCUGUCUUGAAGAGAAGCCUGGGGACCGGGGCAAGCUGGCUCGGGCCUCCGGGAAUUACGCAACUGUCAUUUCACACAAUCCCGAGACCAAGAAGACCCGUGUGAAGCUGCCAUCCGGCUCCAAGAAGGUCAUCUCUUCUGCCAACAGAGCUGUUGUUGGUGUAGUGGCUGGGGGAGGCCGAAUUGACAAACCUAUCUUGAAGGCUGGCCGUGCCUACCACAAGUAUAAGGCCAAGAGGAACUGCUGGCCCCGUGUACGGGGUGUGGCCAUGAAUCCUGUGGAGCAUCCGUUUGGAGGUGGUAACCACCAGCACAUUGGCAAACCCUCCACUAUCCGUAGAGAUGCCCCUGCUGGACGUAAAGUGGGUCUCAUCGCGGCCCGUCGGACUGGGCGGCUCCGUGGAACCAAGACUGUGCAGGAGAAAGAGAACUGAAGCGGAAGGGAUCAAUAAAACAUGUCUUUGGCUAUUA